GGAAUAUUGAAAACAAACAAAAACAAAAAGGAUAUUAAAGAGCCAGCUAGUGCGCAUGCGCGUCUCCACAGUGUAGCUGUAAAUGAUGAGCUAGCUAGUGAGCCUCUGAUUGGAAAUAUUUUGAUUUAUAGUGAUGUUUUCGUGCCUAAUUUUCUCUGUUAAUAUACGCAGUAAUAUAAAUCACAUUUAUGUGAGAGUGAGUUUAAUGGCUAAUUAGUUGUUCAAGAGACAGUUGUAGGCUGCAAAACCCUUAAAAAAAAACAGGACUUCUAGAAAAAGAAGUCACAAAUUAAAGCAAAUAGCAAUUUGUAGAACAAGUCCAGGACUCUCUCAGAGAAGAGGGAUUGCUAAUCUCAAGAGAUGUCCUGGUUAAAUAAAGGUUAAAAAAAUAAAAAAUGACUGUAUUCAAGUCCUGAACCAGCUAUUCUGUGGAACUUUCUGGAAGCCUGUCUAUUUUCUAUCGAAAGUGACUGAGUAAGUAAGCAAGCUACAUUUAUAUAACAAUAUCUUUACAAAAAUCAAGAAACUGAUAUUUCAGGGGGCUCCGUGUUAAGCAUGUUUGCCUCACACCUCCGGGGAUGGGGGUUCGAUUCCCUCCUCUGCCCUGUGUGUGUGCGGAGUUUGCAUUUUCUCCCCAAGAUGUGGGAGUUUCCUCCGGGUACUCCGGUUUCCUCCCCUAGUCUAAAGACAUGUGAUGUAGGCUGAUCAGCAUCUCUGAAUUGUCCGUUGUGUGUGUGUGUGUGUGUGUGUGUGUGUGAGAUUGUGCCCUGGGAUGGGUUGACACCCCAUCCAGGGUGUCCCCUGCCUUGUGUCCACUGAGUCCCCUGGGAUAGGCUCCAGGCUCCCUGCGACCCUGUGUAGGAUAAGUAUUAUAGAAGAUGGAUGGAUGGAUGGAUGGAUGGAAACUGUUAUUCAGACUACAGUUGACAACAAUAGCCAUCAGUUUUGGGGUUUAUUAAAUUCCAGAAAUAUUAGAAGAUCAAAUGGAGGUCAAAUCUAUGGGUGUGGAGGUGAAAUGUAUGGGAGUGACCUGAAUCUACUCCUUUGUUAGAGAGUUAAUCCUUUUACAGGCAAUCACUAGUUUAUUACACUGGAUCUUAAUUUUAAUCUGAAAUGUAUUUUGUGCGUCAUGCUUCCAGGCAGAUAUUUUUCAGUACAUAAUCAGUCCUACACCAGUCUAUGACCAUCCUGUGACUAAAGAGCUGGCUUCAUGCUGUAGACGUUAGUCAUGUAGUUCUGUAAAACUUCACCCUGGCUUGGCUCAUGUGGAGUAGGUGUGGCAUGGCAAAAAUACACUUUUCUCCUUAACAGCUUUUUCUCCCAGAUCUUAACCCCAGUUACACCAUGGCUUUUAACUGUGCACACAACCAGUUGUUCAUUCGGCAGAAUGUUUUAUCCAAAAUGACAAAGAAUCCAAUCUAAGCAUAGGGCUGAGCGUUUGAGGGUUAAGGGACUUGCUUGAGAACCCCAACAGUGGCUUUUUGGCAGUCUGGAGAUUUGGCUAAAGAUGAAUUGCACACAAUUUACCCCAGAUUUAUUCCGUGGACAUGUUUGCACUGGAACUCUGAGGCUCUGGAACUGGAUCUUUUGUGCUCCCAAAAUAUUAACCACUGUUAGGCUUCGCCAGUGUCUCCAUGGCCCAAUGAUGCGCCGUCACUGGCUGCUGGUCGGCGCUUGCGGAUGGGUGCUGCUUAUCCUCAUGUUCGUCAGCAAAUUCAUCAACUUCAGCUUCAGAAUGCCGGACGACUACGGGGGAAGGCCUGUACUGUUCAACUGGACCUCUCCAUCCAUAAAGACUGUAAAACCUCUACAUCAGCUUUCACAGAGCGCAGCCUCACAGCCCUCUGCAGCGUCUUCAGGUGGCCCAACUCAGGUGGAGCUCUCAGACUGGGAGUCGGUCACGGUGCAGCGUUUGCAGCUUUUGUCCAGCGUUUGCAGGAACUCCUCUCUCCGGAACCUCACACACACUCCUCUGCGCAAGUUCGUCCUCGACCGCAUCUUUGUGUGCGACAAACACAGGAUUCUUUUCUGCCAGACGCCCAAGGUGGGCAACACACAGUGGAAGAAGGUCCUCAUUGUCCUCAAUGGAAAGUUCUCCAAGGUUGAAGACAUACCUGAGAAUGUGGUCCAUGACCACGAGAGAAACGGUUUACCUCGCCUGUCCUCUAUGAGUGACGCAGAGAUCACGGAAAGAUUAAACACAUACUUUAAGUUCUUCAUUGUCCGAGACCCGUUCGAGCGCCUCAUAUCAGCCUUCAAGGACAAGUUUGUGGAGAACCCACGCUUCGAGCCAUGGUACAAGCACAGCAUCGCCCCCGCCAUCAUCCGCAAGUACCGCAAAAGUCACCGUGACACCCCUGGAAGCGCCGGUCUGCACUUCGAGGACUUUGUGCGCUACUUGGGUGACGAGCAGGGCCGAAAACAUCUCGACCGCCAGUUUGGAGAGCACGUCAUCCACUGGUUAACAUACGCUGAACUCUGUGCUCCCUGUGACAUUUCCUAUGAUGUAAUCGGCCAUCACGAGACUCUUGAGCAAGAUGCGCCAUAUAUCCUUAAAGCUGCUGGAAUUGAGGACUUGGUAUCGUAUCCCAGCAUCCCUAAAGGCAUAACACGCUACAACCGGACCAAGGUUGAGCGCUACUUCUCUGGGAUCAGCAAGAGGGACAUACGACGCCUUUACACUUGCUACCAGGGGGAUUUUAGCCUUUUUGGGUACCACAGACCUGACUUCCUGCUCGACUGAUAUUUGGAUUUAUUAGAGAGUUUUUUAAUCAGAGGAAACGGUUCUUAUGUCACUCUGGUCUUCCUGUAACUUCCAGUCAAACUGAAAUGAGGCACGUUGAACCCGUACGGUUAUUUGCGUCGUUUACAGAACUGAAUUUGAGGGAGGUUUUUUUGGCCUCAUUAUAGGGCAAGAGAGUUGUUCUGAGAUCAUCUAAAAAGAGUUGUGUCCAAGAAAAAAAAGUGUCACUUUAAAGUAAAUAACAGAUUAUGAACUAAAGACUACCUUUAUGAGAAGUAGUUUUUCUUUAUUAAUACACUCGUAUUGAAAUGUCAUCCAAAUUUCUGCCUCUCAGACUCUCCCUACAGAAAUGGUUGAUUACUAAUAGAAUAAUAAUACUGAGAAUUCCCACCAUAGCUUUCUAAUAAACAUUAAAAUAUCUCAGACUGAAUGUGAAUCUUUAUUCCGGGAAUAGAGAAAUAGAAACAGUUCAGUGAUAGUAAUAUUUAGGCAGGACCAGUUAAUUACGUUAUCUUUCUAUACGAUCAAAUUCUGCCCAUUUCGUCUACGUUCACAUUACAAGCUUCUUUGAUGAAUUCUAGUCGAUAGGUCUCAUCCAUCAAUUUACAAAAUAUCACGUAAAUCACCAAUUUCCCCAUCCUUCCACUGAAUACAGUAUAAUCACUGCUGUUGCUGUCCUCCGUUGUUGUUUUGCCGAUCUGACCAUGUUCUCAUUCGUGUCACAUGGCCACAUGUAUCUGAUCUAAGACCGUAUAUGAAAGUGGCUCAGGUCUGAUUUGAAAAGAUUAGAUUUUUGUCUACACAGUACACAGAAGUUUGUCACACUUCAGCCUGGUAAUGUGAACGUAGCCUUUAUGAGGCCCAAAUACAUUUAAACUGUCUAGUUAUUUCACUUUCAAAACAACUUUAGUCAGAAUCCACUCAACAUGCUGAAAAUGAAUCAUUUCAAUUAAAGAUAAUGAAUCAUUUCAAUUAAAGAUUAUUAAUCAGUUCCUUCACAUCCCAGUGCAUGUUUGUUCUUCUGUGUCCAUGUAUGUGACGAGCACAAGAUCCUUUUCAGCCCUAAUUUGACAAAUAAUCAGGGAAAGAACGUCCUUGUUGUAUUCCAUGGAGAAAAACCUCAUGAAUGACACACUGUGUGUCUUUGUCUUUAGGGAAAACCAUAAUGCCGGGUGCUGUGUAGUGUCUAUUGUCCAUCUCUGGGAUGUGCACGCUUUCAGCACACCAGAGAUUGUUGUGUAAUUGGAGCCCAAUGGCAUUCUCUUACUAUACAGUCUUAAGCUUUGGCUUAAACUCUGGGUAUGAAAUAUGCCCAGGUUGUAAAUAUCUUGAUAUUAAGAAUCUAGCUGUCAAAAAAAAUCAACAGUGAUUUUGUUGACGAAAUAAUUAAUGAUUUAAAUGUUAAUUAAAAACACUUCUAUUGAUGAAUGUUUAUUAUUUUCAUACCUAAAAAUAGGUCUUAUAAUUUAGCAUGAUCGUUGAUAACUGGGACCUAUCAUUUAACCUCACUUAUGAAUUUUACCAAAUAAUCAUCGCAAACGUAUUAGUUUAUACUACAGAUGUUCAUUAUUUGGCUUUAACAUUGCUUAUGCUUACAUUUUGUGGUUUGUUAACAUUUAACUAAAUGAUAUUAGAUGAGGGAAUCUUGAUUUAAGCAUUUCAUGAAACUUAUAGAACACACAGAAUGAAUUGGGACUUGACCUGGUACUUCAGUAAUCACUGUGUUGUCUAUAAACUAGUCCACCAACAACAAAAAAAAAAUAGUCAAAGCAGCUGUUGCUUUUCAUAGGUUGUAGUGCCGAGUCCCAGAAUAGACACUUGACCUAUUUAGAUGUUCAGUAUUUUGUAGUUUAUAGAGCUCUUUAGACCAAAAUGCACUGCAAUCACUAUUUUCAGUCUUGCUUCCUACUGUGUGCUGAAAUGACCUACUAUACUCCAAGUAUUUUUAGGUACAAAAUGAUUGGAGCUUAAUUUUGUACUCCUUUGACAAAUUUAGUGUACAAGUUAAAACGUACACGCACCUUCUCAUGGGCUCUGAGAAAUCCUUCACUUAAUACGAUGUGAUGGUCACAAUGAGGCCAUGGAGAAUUAACUGGGACUUGAUCUUCUUUCUCAAUAAGUAACCGCAUCACCCACUAGAGGGAAGUGCAGCGACAGAGAAGUUUAUUAUACACACAUCAUUCAAGGAACAACGUGUUCUCAUCACAUCCCCUAGAUUACAAACAAUCUACAGUACAUUGUGAUGGUCAUGGCCAGGAUAUGACUCACUUUUUCUUGACUCGCCUUUUAAGAAGCUUAACAUAAGAAACAUCUUUCUUUCAUAGCAGAUAAAGAAAGUUCAGUGUUCUGUUUAACACACAACAACAAUACAAGGCUGCUGAUUUUAUCCAGACUAGAGUUUACAACCUCAUGGCCAAAGUGUGAAAUGUAAAGGUCAUGUUACAGGAAGUGAGGAACUCACUCAAACAAGCCACAGUUGGAAAGGAUUAUAGCUAAUCCUACAGUCAGGUAUCAUCUUUAACCAUUAAAACGUGUGUUUGAGUUCAUAAUUAAUUAUAUAUAAAAUGUACAGGAAACUUUUGAGACUUCCGCUCGUUCCACUUUAAUGCAUUAUACACCAACACAGCUGAGUACCUUGUGUUCCUGAGAGACACAACAGCUUAAGAUUCUCAUCUGUGGCUUGAAGGUCAUUUAAAAGGCUGUCAUUUCUGAAGGGAACGUGAGUGUGGGCAAAAACGCGGUUGUCAUGGCAACGCACUCCCUUUGCCGUCCUCUUUGUGCCGUGUUGCAUGCUCUCUUUUUCUGAAUCGCGUGACCACUGCGCUUCAUUUAUAACCACUGUUAAGAGCCUUCCCCCCCCAUACAGUCAAAGCAUAGUUAAUUCACAUGGAGCUGAAGGAAACCGAACGCCCCUGUGUGAACGACAAUGUGCUCACAGACCUGUGUGGUCUAGAGCAUGUGACACAGAGGUGAAAAAUGAAAAGAACAGAUUUCGAAUGGGUUUGGGGGAAGGAAGGUUAAGGAGAAGCAAAGCAAAUAAACACAACUUUGUCAAUUCGGAAUCGUCUGUCACGAGUGGCCACUCGCAGCACAAGCGGAGGAUGAUGAGUGAUUUUUUUUACGAUCUUAAGACACCUGCCCUUUGAAGCAAACACUUUAUAGCUGGAUUAGCUACAUGACUUGAAUCAAGUAAUGCUCAGCUUCAGAAUUAUUGGCACCCUUAGUUAGGAUGGGUUAAGAUUAUGAAAAAUAUCUUUUUGGUUAAUUAGCACAAUCUCACACUCAGAGAAAUCUAAGAUUUAAUGUGCAUAAAACCUUAUUGAAACAUCAAUUCUAUUCAAUUUUAUUUAUAUAGCACUUUUAACAGUAGACGAUGUUUACAGAAAUCCAGACAGGGCCAUUUCUGAAUAUUUUAGGGCCCAAAGUGACAACUUACUCAGGGGCCCCCACAUGCAGUAUCAUAUUAUUUUUAUAUGCAAGGAUGAAUAGAAUUAAUAAUUCAUUAUCUUGGAUGAGGGGGAAAUAGUUCAAUAAACAGUAAAAAAGAAACAACUGAAAAAGAACUGUAGACACGAAAUUAAAUCUCUAAACAAGUAAAUUAUAUUUAAUAAAUAAAUAAAUUUAAAGAAACAAUAAUCAAGUAAAUAAAAUAAAUUACGGUGCAUUUGAACACUAAAAUUUUUGCUUUCUUGAUUUUUUUUAACCAAUAUCAUUUGGCUAUGUCAAGUGACAUAUUUUUUUCCUAUAAGACUUCUUUUACAAGUAUACACAUAAAGAGGUCAUAUCAUUUGGCAAUAUCAUGAAACAUUUUAUUGCACAUGCCCAUUUCUCCUCUUUUUUUUUUUUCUCUUUGUUUCUUUUUUUUUUCCCACCCCAUAUAGAUAUGAAUGACUCAUGCUCACCCGGUCUUCAUGAAAAUCUGAUGUUAGUUACCUAAUUUAGCUAUAUAAAUUGCAGUUUCUAUUGUUUUCACAUCACAAGGGGGCCCCAUGCAACUGAAUGAUAUAUAAACCUUUUCACCAAAUGUUAGCAAAGUGCUUUUUUGCAUUUCUGUGAAAAAUCAUGUUGCCCCCUGGUGGUCUGGGGGACCUAAGCGACUGCUUAUAGCAAGAAACGGCCCUGAAUCCGGAUGUACAUUUUGAUUUCUAAUGAGCAAGUCAGAGGCGACAGAGGCAAAGAAAAACUCCCUGAGACUCACAAUUGAACCUAACCUCUUCUAGGUGACACUGCGAUUAUAAAUCAUUUACUCUUCCUGAGUUAUAUAGUGUAAAGUCAAAAAGUGUUCAGCAUGAGCUUAUUAUAAAUAAGAGUCCUGGGAUAAGCACAAGACAGUCUUUUAGAGUACAGCAGCAGCUCUUAGAUACAAAUCUACCCUAUCCAGGUAAGAUUAUUCACUGAAGAAUGUGUGAGUCUUUGGGCAUAAACUGUUUUUGGGAAGUAUGAUCUUCUUUGUAUGCAUGUGGGCCCAUCCAUAGCACGUAUAUUCUUUCUCCUGUUCACACGUAACAUCUUCAUUUGCCAGGUUUCCCCUGUUGAACAAGAAAUUGCCACAAUUUGUUGUGUCUUCUGGCCAAAUAUUCUCACGGGGUCUACAAUCAUUUUAGCCUAAACUCUCAGGCCUCCGAGGGCUUGUCUAACAAACUUCACUUGAGCUAACAAAGUAGUUCAGGAGCAUUUUAGAUUGAACUGCGUUUCCCCAAGGGGAAAUAAUAAGGGGAAGAUGAGCAAGGUGUUAAUAAUGGUACUGGAAAGUAGUUUUGGAGUGCAGUGCAGGAAUUGGGGUGAGGAGAAACAUCUUUCUCUGGGGUCCUUUAGAUCUGAAAAGAUAUAAAGCAACAGGUGGUGUUUUUUUAGGGAAAAUAAUCUUAAAAAUGUAUGUUGUUUGCACUUACCAGCCUUCAAAGCACAAAAAUAGGUUCUGAAGCUAAGAAGUAAAUAGACAGUCUGUUCGUGUUUAAACUGUGCCAGCUUAGAUGGUUUGUCAGCUGUGAAAAUGGCCUUAGGCUAAUGUUCAGGACUGCAUUCUACUGUUUCUGGAUCUCUCUGUCUCUCUGUUUUUAUUGCCUUCCAGUUUCUUGAUUACGACCUCUUUAUAUGGAUGCUUGUAAAAGAAGUCUUGUUGGAAAGAAGAAAAAAAAAACUGAAUACUUCUCUUGAACACACUGAUGUGAUCUCUGAACUUUUGAUUUGGUUAAGCACUGCGGUAACAUGCCAAACAUCAUUUUGAUCUCUGAACCUUCAACGUUUGAUUUCGUUAAGGACCACUCUGACAAUCCAAACAUUAUUUUCAAAGAAAUAUAUGAAUGUUCUCUGAGAGGGCAAAUUAUAUAAUCUAACCUUUGGGCCGUUCCUGUGUUCUGUCUUUCUCUGAAGUGCUGGAACGGAAAUGGAUCAUCCCAGCCAGUGCCUAAACUUGCUCAUACAUGUGAUAGCAGCAUGAUGCAGAGAAACAAGAAGAAGGAUUGAUAAAAGGUUUCAUAAAUUGGUGAGUCAUCGUGCUGCGCUGUAGAGCCUGCACACGUGCCGUGUGAAAUGAGCACACGGUAGAGACUAAAUGAAUUUAAACAGGUCGAGCCUGCCAUUGUGUUCUGUGUGCCAGUAAAUAGUGUUUAUCAUUAUUAGGUGUAUUUUAUAUGAUAAUAGCUUAGAGUGUGAAUGGAGCCAUGCGGAUUACACCAAAGUCCAUUUACCCUAAGCUUCGGACUUCUUCCUAGGAAAGUUUUAGAGGCAGUUGUUUUUGCACACAGCCCACAGCCGGCUUAGUGCACUGGUUUGAUUAUCAACAUUAUGAUUAUGCAAUAACUAGUCCACCAACAAAGACAACCAAAGUUGUUACUUUUUAUAGACUGUUGUACUGUGUCCCAGAAUAAGCUUUUGACCUAUUUAGGUGUUCAUUUUACGUUCGGUUUUGUAGCAUAUAGAGCUCUGUCCUCUGUAUAAUGGCAGAAAUGACAGAAAAUAAUAAAAAUAAUAAAGAAUUGAGAAAAGAAAUGAUGUAAAACAAAUAAAAUUACCUGAAAAUUGACUGUAGUAAAUAUACGCUGAAAUAAAUGCACACAAAUACGUUAUUUCUUUUCUUACACAAUCAUAUACUUAUUUAUUCCCUUAUUUAUUUGUCAGAUAUGUCAUAGUGUUUCCUUAUUCCCUUUGGUUGUUCCAUAUCAGACUCCAGUGUACACCGGCUGCUCUGAAUGCACUGCUACACUAAUGGCUACACAGGCAACAGAUGGUCAGACAUCUGACACUCCUAAGUGUUUGUUCCAGUUUGUUGACUAGCUAUAAACUGGCAAAAGAAUAAAUACAGUGGAUACAAAAGUCUACACACCCCUCUUAAAAUUGCCAGAUCUUUGCCCACCUUUAAUGUGAAAUUGCAAAGUAUACAAAUAAAGUGAAAAACAACCAGAAACAUUUAUAGGGGAAAAAAGAAAAAUAAAAACCUCACAAUAACCUAGUUACAUAAGUGUGCACACCCUUAAAAUAAUACUUUGUUAAAACAGCCAUUUAUUUUAUUACACCACUCAGUCUUUUUCGGUAAGAGUCCAUCAGCAUGGCAAAUCUUGACUUGGCAAUAUUUUCCCAUUCUUUCUUGCAAAAACAUUCUAGAUCCAUCAAAUUGUAAAAGCAUGUCCUGUGCACAACCCGCUUCAGGUCACCCCACAGAUUUUUAGUAGGAUUCAGGUCUCGGCUGGCCAGGUCACUCAAAAACAUUGAUCUUCUUUUGGUUAAGCCAUUCCUUUAUUAAUUUGGAUGAUUGCUUUGGGUCACUGUCAUGCUGAAAGGUGAAAUUCCUUUUUAUCUCCAGGUUAGUAGCAGACACCUGAAGGUUUUGCACUAAAAUCGACUGGUAUUUGUCGCUAUUCAUGAUUCCCUCCACCUUGAUAAAAGGCCCAGUUCUGGCUGAAGAAAAACAGCCCUAAAGCAUGAUGCUGCCACCACCAUGCUUCACUGUGGGUAUGGUGUUCUUUUGGUGACAAAAAGAACCAAACAUACCUUUUGGAAUUAUGGAAUUUUUAUACCUUUUGGAAUUAGUCUCAUUAGACCAUAACACAUUUUGCCACAUGGUUUGGGGUGAUCUAGUUGGGCUUGGAUGUUUUUUGUGAGAAAGGGCUUCUGUCUAGCCACCCUGCCCCAUAGCCCAGACAUGUGAAGAAUAUGAGAGAUUGUUGUCACAUGCAGAGAGAAAUCAGUACUUGUCAGAUAUUCCUGCAGCUCCUUUAAUGUUACUGUAGGUCUCUCGGUAGCCUCCCUGAUAAGUUUUUGUCUUGUCUGAUACCUUUCAACAAGUGAGAUACCAUAUAUGCUUUGUAAGCUCUUUGUGGACCAUGGCUUCAGCAGUGGGAUGAAGCCAAGGAGAUGUCAAGAAAAUCCUACAGAAACAGCUGGUCUUUAUUUGGGGUUAAUAAUAGUAAUUUCAUUGAUGACAGCUGUAUGAUAAUUACUUUUGAACAUGAGAUUGAAUGUGAUUGGUUCAUUCUAAACAACAACAUCUCCAAUUUUAAAAGGGUGUACACACUUAUGCAACCAGAUUAUUGUAACUUUUUUAUUGUUUCCCUAAAAUAUUUCUGAUUGUUAUAGGUUGUAAUUUCACGUUGAGGGUGGGAAAAGUUCUGACAUGAUUUAUCUUGGUUUCUAUUUUUACAUCACAAAAACCUGCCAUUUUAACAGGUGUGUAGACAUUUUAUAUUCAUUGUAACUGAGUUCCAGUGAAAACGGUAAACAUAAACAGUUGUUAAAUCUUGAUUAGUGGGUUGUCCAGGUGUUGAGAUGUUGUGCAAUGACUUAAGCAAUAAAAACCACUGACAGAAUAACACUUGCUUCUUUGGCUAGCACUUCACACUAAUGUACUUGCGUUAGCUGUGGCACUAAAGCUAUAAAAGGCAUCUAUGUUUUCCCAACCAUUAUCAAGCAAUAAUCCUUCACGUAUAUACUUUCAGAUCAGAGGUUCUUAACCUUUUCAUAACAACUGGCACAGCAGUACAGCUGCAGUCCUGCAGACCAGGCCCCAACCUGGCAUGGACUUUUGUCAUCUUGGGCAAAUGAAGCACCAGCUUUGUCUGCUGUAAUCACAUGUUCAAAUAAAUAAUGUAGAACAUAAUCUAUUUUACAUUAAAUAUAGUUAAAUAACUAAAUAUUACUUUCAGUUCAUCCUAGUUAGCUAGGUAAUGAAUUGGUGUAUUGUUUCUAGUACAGUGCUCUGCAAAAGUAUUCACCCCCACCUUAAACUACACCUUAACUUCCAUUUUUCCAAUUUGUUUGCUGCAUAAGUAUUCACUCCUCUGGGUCAGUGCUUGGUAGAGCCACCUUUGGAUCCUGUUAUUUUUCCCAUUCUUCUUGACAAAAUUGCGCAAGCUUUGUCAGAUUGGAUGGAGACUGUUGGUGAACAGCAAUUUUCAAGUCUUGCCACAGAUUCUCAAUUGGAUUGAGGUCUGGGCAUUUACUGAGCUCUUCUAACAUAUUCACAUCCUUGGUUUUGAACCACUUCAUUGUAGCUUUAGUAAUAUGGUUAGGGCUGUUGCAGACUGGAACAGGAUUUCUUCUAGGAUUGUCCUGUAUUUGUAUCCAUCCAUCUAGCCCUCAAUCCUGACCAGUUUCCCAGACCAUGCUGACGAAAAACAUCCCCACAACAUGAUGCUACCACCACCAUGCUUCACUAGGGAUGAUGAGCAGUGUUGUGUUUUUUUCAAAUGUAGCACUUUAUGCCAAGGCCAGAAUGUUCAGUUUUUGUCUCAUCAGACACAGAGAACCUUUUUCUACAUGAGUCUCCAACUUGACUUUUGGCAAACUCCAAAUGGUUUUCUUUUCACCAUUUAUCCCAUCUGAGCUGUGGAUCGCUCAACUCCUUCAGAUUUACCCUUGACCUCUUUGCUGCUUCUUUGUCUAAUGCCCUCCUUUACCUGUUCUCUGACCUUUUGUGGAUGGCCUCCUCUAGGCAGAGUCGCAGUUGUGCUUUUUCAUUUUUGUGUGGGUUUUUUUUUUUUUUUUUUCUUCAUUUUAAUAAUAGAUUUAAUUGUGUUCCUUGGGAUAUUUUCUAUAACCAAACCCCGACUGAUACUUUUACAGAAUUUUGUCCUGGACUUUUGAUAGCUCCUUUGUCUUCCUGAUGCUGUUUGUUUAGCUAUGUUCUCUAACAAAACUCUGGGAUCUUUGAGGAAUAGUUGUAUUUACAUUGAGAGCAUGUGACGCUUUAAUUGCACACAGGUGCACUACAUUCAAAUAAUUAUGUGACAAUAAAAAGGCAGUAAAAAUGUUCAGCAACAAAACAUUAAUCAGCAUUGGUGAUCAUAAAACAGGUCAUUACAAGGAACAAUGUUUCAUUGAGCUAACACUGAUUAGGAAAAAAGAGCUGCCAAGGCAAUAAAUAUCACUCAACAGUGAACACGUAUGACAGUGAGAAGCCCAAAUCUGAUGGCCUUUAAUCCUGAAAUGGUCUUUAAAUCUGAAAUGAUUUAUUGUGUUUCACAAAAUUAAUUAGAAAGUGUAUUGUGUAAUGCAAUAACACUGUUUUAGAAAAUGACUUUGAUCUUCCCUGAUCUUGCUGUGCCUGGGUGUGAAAAACACACAACCUCAUUAUCACAUGGAGGAAAAAUAUAAAACAUCGAAAAGAUUAAAUAAAAGAAAUAACUUGAAUAAAUAUAUACAGCAACAAAUAAUAAUAAUAAACAACUGAGCAAAUACAGAAAUUACAUCAAAUAUAACCUGAAGACACUACAACUAAUUUUGUGAAUUUUCGUAUUUUUAUUUAUUUUAUUUAUACAAAUUUUAAAUUAUUUAUUGACCAAUUCCAUCAUUCAUUCUAUUGUGAUAUGCAAUACAAAUGAAAUUGAUGAAUUUCAUGAAAAGCUGAAAUUUAGAAAAGCAUGCCAUUCAUGUGAUUGGGGCUGUAUCCCAAAUACGGGGCUGUUGGAUAGAGGUUUUGAUUGGAAUUUGAUUUGAUUAGAGUUCUUUCUAACAAGUAAUAAUUAUAGAGAAAGCUUAAAAGGAUCUCAUACAGUGUACAAAAAGAUGAGUGCAAAAACAUGUUCUUUGGGAUGAACUGGAACGCUGAUGGCACCCCAGGCCUCCUCGCCCAACAUCAGUACCUGACCUCACUAAUGCUCUUGUCGCUGAAUGAACACAAAUCCCCACCGCCAUGCUCCAAAAUCUAGUGGAAAGCCUUCCCAGAAGAGUGGAGUUUAUUGUAACAGCAAAGGGGACUAAAUCUGGAAUGGGAUGUUCAACAAGCACAUUUGGGUGUGAUGGUCAGGUGUCCACAAACUUUUGGCCAUACAAUAUAAAUUGUAUUUAUAGCAGCAGGACAUUUAGUGUGUUAGGUUUCACAGCUUUAAGUUAACUUAAAGUUAAAACAAUGAUAAAGUAGACUGUCAAGAUAUUAAUAAUGGGAAAAUAAUUGAUAUUGGGUCAUACGUUUUCCAUAUCUGUUCUAACUCGUCCAGUUGUCAUUAACAAGCUUCUUCAAAUCAGGUCUGGAGACAAAACUUCCUUUCAUACUAUGUUUUUGUUGGUUUUAUUUUGAAUUUUUAGCUUCUUGGAACAUUUGGGGACAUUUUUUUUUAAAAUAUGGCAUUCAUUGCUGUUAUUCAUUAACAAAUGGGAAGGGUUACCUAAUGCAUGUAAAUCCCAUCCAGCCUUGUUGCUCCUAACUAUGAGGACUCUGUUUUCUCAGAUCUUCUGCCAAAAGCAUUCAUGACCUUUAAUGAACUGUCUGAGGUUGUUCUUAAUGUUAUAAAAGAAGAGUGUGUAUAGAUUGUACUGUAUGGACAUUGUGCUUUGAAGUAGGUGAUUUACUGGAGUUAGACAAAUUCAGUUGGAUUUAGUUUGGCUUCUCUUUUACAGAUGCAUAGAAAGCCUGGACUGAGAAACAGUUUCAGCCUGAAUAUUGCACUUUUCUCCCAUCUUUUUUAAUAACUGGAAUAUCAGGUUGGGUUGAAAAGGUUACACAAGCUAAAUGCUCUCAUUGUUUCUUUUUUUACUUGUGUUUCUUUAUACAACAUGGCUCUGUACCAAAUAUUCAAAUCAGUGUUCUUUUACGGAAUAGAACAUGAGAGGGAGUGUGUUCUCGCAAAUAGCUUCACAGCUGUGAUUUGAUCGCAGACACGAGCCAAAGGCGAGCUUGAUCUCGAGUGUUGUAUUGUUUUGAUGUAACAGUGUAUAAAGUAAGAGGUUGCCCGAGGUGAUGUGGAAGUUAGUUGAUUAUUUUCAGACGACAGCACGUCCCAGUAUUUUAUUCCUCUUAUAGCGUAGCAGUCGAACCAACACUAACAAUUUUUAUUUAUUAAAGAAUGACGCGUCAUACUUUUUAAUGUUGUUGAACGUCCAGGAAACAAGUUAGUUCCUGUUAUCACUUAGAACAGUCAUUUCCUCAUCAUCAUCUGUUUUUUUUUCUCUCUCUUGACGUUAACAUGAUGGAAAAAAAUGAAGCUUUACCUCUGACUGGUACAAAGCUCUGACACUGGAGACUCCUUCCAUAACAAACAUCUGUUUAACUGGAUCAUUUACUAUAUACUGUAAGUCCUUGUGUAAUUUGUGCAGGCAGCACUACUGUCAGAACGGUGGUUAUAGAGAAUUAAUCAACCAAUCAAAAUCGAGAAUUCAAAAGCGCUUGUUAUAUUAUGGUAAAUAAUUGUUAAUAAUGGUGUUUGGUGAUUUUUAUAUGAGUACUUAUCACUAUAAAGGGGUCCAGUGGUUUAACAGGUAAACUGAAUAUGCAUUUGGUGGUUUAAAGAACGCUGAUGGUCUCUGAUUCUCAGUUUUUGUAAAUAAUUAAUGGGUUAAUGGCAUUUUAAUGGACUGCUGUGAUAAGCACAUCUGUGAAAAUCCUGCAUAUUGGCAAGUAAACAAAGAAGUGUUGAUAUGCAUCUAGACAGAUCUGGCAAGUACUCCAUUAACAAUAUAAGUAUAUGCAAAACAAAUAAAAAUAUUGUUAAUUACAAAUUGAAUAUAUCCUGGAACUGUAAAUGUCCACAUGAAAUCAUCAUGAGUCAUUAAGACCAGUUAUAAAAUAAAGUGAUAAGUUUCAGCAGAGCUGUCAAUCACUGGUGCUUAAGAUACAAACAAGAUCACAAAUAAAAAAAAAAAAAAAAACAUCGGAGAAGAAGGCAAAAGAUUGUGUGAAUUUUCAAAGAAAUAUGUAAGUCAAAGCCAUGUACAGCAAUAGGAACUCCAGAAAACUGGCCCAAGUGGGCGAUUAGGAGAUUAACAUGUCAGGGAUUAAGCCUCCCAUCUCAGAUUCUGUAAAGCUUUCAUUCCGAGGGGUCACCUUGGGCCCCGAGUCCCUUGAAUUGUCCCCACCUAUCCCCUUUUUACAGCACCUCUGGUCAAAACAUUAAGGAAAUCUGCUCUAAUGGAACUAAAGAUACUAAAAUAAGUGCAAUUAUUAAGGGUUAUUAUAUGAAUGA